AUGGCGACCAUCGGGCAGAUCAUCUUCUGCAGCAUGAUAACCCUCAUUGUCUUAUUCGGGGCGGUCAUCAUCCUCAUCUUAGCCUUGUCCUUAUCAGGACAAUUGUCCGAGGUGAUAAGUAACAACAUUUCACCCAUCGCCAGCCUCGGCGACGAUGAGCUCCUCAGCUGCUAUCUGAACGCAAAGAGUCAAUCGGCCAGAUUAAGCAAAGUGUCCGUCACCUGGGAGAAGACGGGGCUGACGGGGCCCGUUUACCGGUAUCAGGACGGAGCUCCUUCUCUGGUCAACCAGAACUCGCAGUUCAAAGGCAGAACCCAGCUCUUCCCCAACGCUUUAUUGGUGGGGAACGCCUCCUUGAUGCUGAGGAGUGUGAGAGAGAGCGACGGAGGGGAGUACACCUGCAGCAUCAGCUCCUCUGGUGGCAGUGGGCAGGUGAAGAUUCAACUCAAAACCGCAGCCUUUUCAGCCCCCACAUUUAAAUUCACCAACGGCGUUCUGACUGCUGAGGCGACCAGGUGGUUACCUAAACCAAACGUGACAUGGUCGGACUUUUACGGGAACGGCCUGAGUGCAAUCACGAACUUCACUGAAAACUCUUUGGGGAUAUUCAGUGUUGUCAGCACGCUGACAAACGUCAACGUCAGUGACUCCUACAAGUGCAGGAUUGGAAAUGAUCUGGUGACCGCCAACUCUAAAGCAACCUUUACAGGUGCUGGUGUUACAGAGAACACAUACUUCACUUUCAGCACUGCAUCCUCUCUGCUGACAUCAACCCACCUGAUCAUCACGACCAGCAUCCUCAGCUUCUAUCAUCUCACCUAA